AUGAGUUCCCCUAAACAAACUGCAACGUCUCAUGAAACCAAUUUAGAAAGUCAUAUUCAGCCGUCGAAAACAAUACCUUCCCCGUUACUUGAUUGUACUGUGUCCAGUUUAUUUCACAAGCCUAUAGAGGAUGAUGAAGAAUUAUCAUUUCAUGAGAAUAUAAUUGAACAUCCUACUUCCACUCAAACGAAUGAUAAUUUAUCCGUUCAGGAAUUACCAAAUUCUGUUCAUACUGAAGCUGCGCCACAUUCUCCUAAACUUUGUUAUACUGGAUAUACAUUAUCCAGUACUGAUUGUUAUAAAUUAAAACAAAAUAUUAGAGCAGAGUUAUAA